AGCUACAUUUUGCUGCCUGGGAUGGAGAUGUCCACUCUGUCCAGUUAGCCUUAGACAUGGGGGCCAGUGUUGACCGCAAGAUGGCAGAUUUAGGAUGGUCGUCUCUACAUGCAGCUAGCAGUAAUGGCCACACAGACACUGUGAAAUGUUUGCUGGAUGCUGGGGCUGAUGUGAACCUACAGGCAAAGGAUGGAUUUACUGCUUUGCACAUGGCCAGCAAAUACAACCACCCAGAAGUUGCUAAAACACUUGUCCCAGCGGUGCAACACAAAUAUACAGUGCUCGUUUGGCUGGACAGCCAUACAUUAUGCAGCUAUCAACAGCCACUUGGAUGUGGUGACAGCCUUGCUCUCAGCAGGAUGUGACAUUGAAAUAACUGACAAUGAUGGUCACAGGGCUGGGGACUUGGCUACAAACAUGGAGAUCAGAACUUUGUUGCUUGGAGAUGAAGCCAUGGAAAUAAUUAAACUGAAGCAAGCUGCAAAUCUAGAGGCCAGAAUAACCAUAGCUAAAACCGAAGAGAAAAACAAAGCCAAAACAUCAGUUCAGUCCAAGUCUGGCAAAACAUCUAAAAAAGGAAGUAAUGUUGCAAUGAAUACUAAAAAGGCUGGCAAAAUUCCAAAUGAUAAAAAAGAUGACAGCAAAGGUGAUAAAUCAUCAUCUGAUCCCCAGUUAUUGGUAGAAUUCUUACAAAAGUGUAUGGCAGCCAUGGAAGAAUUAGAACCCACAGACCAAGUUCAUUUUCAAAUGCAAGUGCUAGAACUUUUGGAUAUAGAAAAAAUGGACGACUCCCAGGAGAAAAGUGCAAAAUUGGUUGACAACCUUGAAAAUGUGGAGAAAUAUCUGGACAUGAGAUUCUGUGGAGAAGAAAUGCCACCAAUGAUAACUGACUGCUACAAUAUGAUUGACCUUAUGAAGACAAUGUUUCAAGGAUGAGACAGAAGUAAAACAUACUU